UGUUCAUCAAUCUUCUCAUGUAAAUCAUGCGUUCAUCUUCGCUGCUAGUCAUUUAUUAUCGUUUCUUUCUUCAUCCCCUGUUCGCGCAUCCGUCUCCGACACAAUGACACGAAAUUAUUUCCUAAGCUUCCUGCGUGAGACACCUUGCUUUCCGUCGCGAACACGACGCUUUCUUUUCCCGAGUUUUCAUUUAUAUUUUUUAUCGAUCGCUCGGCUAAAACGGAAAAUUCUUCGUAAAUAACCGAGGAUUGUUCGACGAAGGACAAAGGCUAUUGUUAGAAAAGCUUCACAAUGAGGACGAACAAUCGAGAGUGAUAAUCAACCGAGAAAUUGCAGUAAACCUAUCGGCCGUGACGGUGAUUAAACAAAAGUACGUUGCUGAAACUUUCGUCUCGUUAAAGGGUUAUUCUGCUGCGACUUCUCUGUCGGAGAAAUCGUCGGUGAAUUUCUAUAGACACGGAUUCGAAUAAAUUUUGAACGUCGACGAAUUUUUCACAGUCACAAACGUUACAGAAUAUUCUAUCAGAAAAUGCUCCGAUGUUUCCCACAAGCCGUUUGCGUCGCUAUCAGUAAUUCAACGUAACGCAAUUAUCGUUCUCCCGGAACACCGUCUCGAAUUCUCGUCCGCUUCGUUUGAUCUUGCGCUCCAUAUUUUUUCUCGUCGCACUUUGUUCGAGACGACGCGAUUCGUGGGCGUCGAGGAGAUAGUAGAAAAAGAAAGAAGAAAAGAGGAGACGAGAGCAAGAGUAACGGAUACGAGAAGACAGAAGAAGCAUUCAUGGAACGACACGUGUUUCCUCGUCGGUUUCUCUCGUCCCUCCAGCUACAUUCGGUUCAAACGUCUACCAGUAGCGCGAAACUUGCUUAAUUGAACGCGAAAUUUCCUCGCAAACGAACCGAGGAAUGCCGUGGGAAUGUUCACUUUUCCAGGGAGACCUAUCAAUUUGUCGAUACUUCUUUCUGCCUUACGUGUACGAAACGACGAGCAGAAAUACGAGUUCUAUAUUUAUACCGAACACUUCAUUUCGCUCUACACGAUCCAAAAUGAUGUUAGAACUCAGGAGAACAAUAAUUUUUGUUAAAGUCGAAGCAAGAAAAGAAUCUCCACUUAAAUAUCGAGCGUGAAGUAUCGAGACACUUGGAAAAUCAAAGGCACUUUCCGCCACAAGUUGAUGCGCGGUUUUAGCGCGAUUAAUUGCCCUUAUCUAUUUAUACCGUGAAUUUUUAUCGUUGCCAGGAGAAAGGAGGGCCGUGAAUAGACUAUGACUCACGGGUAAACAUUCAGUUACCCUUCUGUGUCGGAAACGUGUCGGGGAUUCAGAAACGUCGGGUCGAAAGUGAAGAAAAUGACGUGGCGGAAAGAAAGGAGCCAGCGUGCAAACAGCGCACACUUAGGGGGAAGAAGAAAGAGCGUUCGUAGCUGGCAGUGUCUCGACGAGAGUAAAGACGAGUCUGUUAACGACAGAGCUCGGCGAGGGAGAUGCGGCGCAACCGGUAUGAGGGAAGGAAAAUUGAAAAAUCAAAGCGCGUUGAAGGCGGAUUUCCGUUAGAAGAGAAAGGGACGAUAAUUGGCGCGAGCAGGGAAGAGAGUGUCGGUAGAAAUUCAACAACGGCGUCAAAAGCGGUACGGAUAAUUCAAAAUGCCAGCUGUACCGGCAGUAGCCGAAGGUGCUGGCCAACUGGAGGACCUGGACGAGCCUCCAGAGCCACGGGUUCGUGGAGGAAGCGGAAGAGCCGGUCUGAUGAAACCCCUGGUCGUCUUGGCACUUCCUGGCAUGUACCUCUUCUAUAAGUACAGCCAAUACAGGCGGGAGCAGCGCGAAUUGUCUCGGAGAAGGGUCACAGAGAGAGAACUCCAGCAUCUUCAUCACAAAAUCGACAAACUGCUAACGAAACUGGAGGAGAACGAGCCAGAAUUGGCCUCUUCGCAGGAGGAUGAGUGCGUGAUCUGCGUGAACGCCAGAGCCACGAUGCAAACGGCUCCAUGUGGACACAGGGUGGUUUGCAGACGUUGCUUCGUGAAGACGAUACAAAUGGCUGUCUCACAGAGGGUUUUACCCCUGAGAUGUGUCAUAUGCAGAGCCAAGAUUCUACGUCUGAAGCAAACCCUCAUCCCGCGGGAUUACUCGAUGUCAGGAAAGUCUUGCAUCUUGCCGCAAAGCGCAUCAGAGUACAACAUGGGGACAGGAGUGUCAGUCGGUGUGACCGGACCUGGUGGUAGAUGGGUUCCUGGAAAUGUCCCAGCUUCUGCUUCCCUCUACUCCAUGGCCAGUGGCUCGUCCUCUAUUUCUGGAGUGUCUUCCGUAUCUUCUUCGAGUUCGUCUUCUGCAAGUAGCACAGGAAGUUCUAACCUUGGCAAACCUACGAGGGUGAGGCAACCUUCCGGUGCCACAUUGAGACGCUCGCAGACGCAAUCCAUGAAAAUGAGGAUUCAGGAAUACCAGGAUCCCAUUCAGCAGGUCGUCGAGGAGGAGGAAGUUAUGAGGGAAAAUCGGGAACGCAGGUUGCCGCCGAUCAAAGAGUUCCAGAGGGACUAUCGCGCUGGAAAGGCAUCCACUAGGAUACGUUGUGCUCAAAAAAUCGUGACCCAGUUAGAAACAUCACCGAGUCCCAGGGGUUCGACUGGCGUGAACAGCUCGUCCUCUUCGUCGGCAAGGUCAGCGUCGAAGAGGCCUCAGUCGGCGCCAAAAUUGUCAGUUGUUCAGGAGAUUCAGAAAUCAAAGAAGGAAAAGGAACGAGAAAAGGAGAGGGAGAAAGCUGAGAAGGCUCGUCAAAAGGAGGAGGAGAAGGCUGAGAAAACCAGACAGAAAGAGGCGAAGAAGUUAGCCAAAGAGGAGAAGAAACGAGCAAAGAAGGAAGCAAAAGCGAGGCGGAAGGAGGCCGAAGAGGCUCUCCUCAGGGAAGAAAAGUAGUCUUCUGUCGAAUAGGGACAACGUAGAAAUUCUGAGUGAUCAGCAAAGUAUUCCAAGCCUGGACCAAGGAUUUUGGAUAUACUCUUGACGAUCUCCUCGUCACUCACGGGGUUUUGUUCAAGAAAGAGGUUGCGAGCAGCACGUAGAGCCGCGAAGGAUGAAAAGAAUCGUAAAAGAAGCGUUGUAAGGCUGACAGCGGAGGAGCAGUAUCGAAUAAUCCAGCGCUCAGACAGUGCGCUCGAGGUGGUCGGAGUCGUCGCUUUCCCCUCGCGUUUCGAAGCCGCAGAAACUCGUCUAUUCUCGUCUGUGCACAGGAUUUUCCUCGGUUCUCGUGUGCUUUUUCGUCCCUAUAUGUGUCGACGGGUCGACGAACGGCAUACGGAUACGGCCCUGGAACAGUCCGCAGAAAAUUUUUUCGAGCCGAGCCUCGGUUUUGCUACGCGUCUCUCGCGGUCGCGAACCCGCUUCGCAACGCUCGACCACUCGAAUCAAAAUGGAGAAAUUGCUGAACCGAUCGAUGACACGAUGCUACCUUGCGGAUUCGUAGAACCGCUGUCCACUAUUUCAUCGUUUGAAGCUUACGACUACGUUACAUAUUAAUUAUUAUAUAAGUAUAUUAAUUAUUACAUAAGUAUAUAAGUGUACAUAAGUAUUAGUUAUAUUUCUUAUAUUGUAAUGCUAGUACAAUUAAUGCAACUCAUAUUUGUGCAACUAAUGCAAUUAAUUGUA